AUGUCUCUAACCCGCGCCACCUCCUUCAAACGCAUCACCGUCCGAGUUAUUGGAAUAAUGAAGACUCCUCAAUGCGGGCUCUUCUUGGGCGGCCCCCGGGAGCAAGUGACCUUCGAGCGCAGCCAGACUAUCGCUUGUUCGAAACUGCGCGAGCUUUUCACGAUGCCAAAGGGAGACUAUGGAUUCCUCUUUGAAAUACCGCUGUCUGGGGCUCUAUAUGACACACUCACCGGUCCAAAGCACGAGUACCAUGCCUAUCGUGUGGAGGUAUUGGUAGAUCGUUUGAUGUGGCCUAACCUGGUCAUAUCGAAGCCGCUGAGGGUACAUCGAUAUCCCAUGUUGAGUACUGGGCUAGGGUUGGCCAAGACCGUCAAAAGCUGCUCCCGCCACGACCUAGAUUAUCACUUUUCCAUCCCUGACACACUCGUUCCACACGGCUCUGUGUUCCCGGUCGAAUGCUGGUUCAGGCUAUCAGAAGGCGUAACUGUAUCGGAUCUCACAGUCCGCGUGAUUGAACGUCAUCGACUCUGCUUUACUGCGACAGCAACUCAGGCCGCGCAGUAUGAUAUCCAUUGUAUAAGGUCAGAUGCACACCAUGUCAUCGUGGAAGAAAAAUACAGCUAUGAUGAUCGUCCAAUACUGCCUGAGGACAUGAAUGUUCAGCAGAUCAGUGUGCCAGUGCGUCUGCCCACUGGAGAAGGUACCUGUUCACAAAGCUACUCCUCAAGGAAUAUUCAGAUUGAGCAUGUGCUUGUCAUCGAGGCGGAAUCGAGGAACAAGGACGGGGAAUCGAACACGAGGCUCAGAGGCUCCACAAACAUGAAGCUGAAGAGGAUCGGUCUCCUCCGACCUACGAACGGCACCAAUUAG